AAAAAAAAAAAAAAAAAAAGGCGGAAGAGGGAAGCAGAAGAGCGUGAGAGGAGAUACGCGGAGGGAGAAUGGUCCCGGAGACGCACUGUUGCUGGCUUUGAAGCCAAGAGAAGGGGCCACAAGGCAAGGAGCACAGGUGGCUUUUAGAAGCCGGUUUCCAGGCCAGGAACGGACUCUGCCCUGGAGUCCCCAGAAAGGGAUACAGCCUGGCUUUAGCGAACACAGGUUAGUCUUCUGACCUCCAGAUCUGUGGGAUAAACAGCCGUGUCGCUUUAAGCCACCUGGUUUGGGUUCAUGUGUUUCAGCCGCCCUAGAAACCGAGCCUAGAGCCUCAGCUUCCCCGCAGGGAGGCCGCCCUGACCUCCUGGUGGAGAAGGUUCUCCUGUCACUCUCACGGCCUCCACAGCAGCGGUCCCCAACCUCUUUGGCACCAGAAACCAGUUUCAUGGAAGACAGUUUUCCCACAGGCGGGCCGGGGGCCCAGUCCCCAACAGGAACCCAGGGACGGGGCCACGGCUCUCCAGAAGUUACCGAUUUUAAAUCGUUUGCUGGUAAAAUCGUUCGGGAGACAAUGCCCCAAAAUAUGCCGCUUCGGACUUUGCACUGAGGCCGGUCGGGGCACAGCAGACGCAGGGAGAGGCGUUCUGAGCCCUCUUAUCUGGAAUCUUACCAGCCGGGCAGUUGGCUGGCAUGCAGGGGGCUGGAGGGCCACCUGGACAGCCCGUCUCCUCGAGGGCCCUCUCGUCUUUCCCGGAAAUCCUUUUGUCCCCUAAGUUGCCUGCAUCCCUCCUCCUCUCCCCUGUCAAGAAGGCAUAGAAGCUUCUAGAUCUCGCUGGGUUUGCUUUCCUGUGAUGCCCGGAUGCACACAGUACACGUGCACCUUUUCUCCUCUUCCUCUGCCUGCCAUCACUUUAAUUCCUGGCUCAGCCAAGGAGCACAGAAGGGUGCAGGGAAACCACGUCACCUCGCCCUUGUUUGCUUGUCUGCACUGGGCAGCAGGGGCUCUGGGGCCCUGAGGAGGUGACCUCGGAGGUCAGUUCUGAAACGAGGACGGGCUCGUCCGGGCAGAGGAGGGCAGGGCGAGAGGCCAGGGGCAGAGGACAGGGCCCGUCCGGGCAGAGGAGGGCAGGGUGCGAGGCGAGGGGCAAGGGCCCAUCCGGGCAGAGGAGGGCAGGGCACGAGGCCAGGGGCAGAGGACAAGGCCCGUCCGGAAACCAGUCAGGACCCAGGAAACUGCUGUCUGCCCCAGUCACACCUGCAGGGGUCCCCAUGCCUGCCUGGGGACAGGCAGCCGGAACGGCAGGACUGGGGCCACCCCAGGCACCUCUCCUGCGGGGACCGCUCCCUGCUCUUCAUUUCCGGACCAGCUAUUGGACCCAUGUCCCUGGAGAUUCACUCCUAGGGGCCACAUGUCUUUCUGGAAGCAGUCAGGGUCAGCAAAUGAGGGCGGAGCCCCCAGGAGCCUGUGCUGAGGACCAAGAAUCUGUGACAAAGCCGGGGGCACUGGAUGGGGGACAGGGCACAGAGCCCCUCCCAGUGCACCUGUGUCCUGGGGAGAGAGAGGGGCGACAAACACUGAAAGUCUGCCUCCACCGGUCUCCUCCCUUCCUCCCUCCGCCCUCCCUCCAGCUUUAGCCUCUGAUCCAGUGUGCCCCAACCCAAAUCCAGAAUCUUCCCCCAAACCAUUUCCUCUCCUUAUUCCUCGCUGCUGAUCAAGGGGUCCCCUUUACUGUCAUCCAGGCUCAACCUCUAACAGUCGCCUUUGCCGGCAAAGUCUGCCUUUGGUUCUUGCCCGGGCCCCACCCCCACCCCGCAAGCUCCAGGCCCCCACCCCAGUCUGGAGUCCUAGGGCAGGUGACCUGCACCUCACCAAGGCCUCUACCGGCCCCACCCUGUCCCCAGCGUCUGGGGGGGUUGUCAGUGUGGGGUCACAUUUCUUUUUCAGGGAGUUUUGGGGUUGAUUUUUAAGGCAGACUGUGGUGUCUCAUUCCUGAUGAAGUUGCCUAGACUCCUGCCCAAAGCCCCCCACUGCAGAGGCCAGGAAUGCUCUGGGGCAAAGAGAACAGGCACAGCCCACCUCCCUGUGCGCCAGCCUGGCUCUAAGCCACUCCUCAGCCAGGCAAGACUUGAGACCAACUUCCUCCUUCCCGGAGAGACUGUUUAACAGGACAGGGAGCGUCCACGAUACUCCGUAUCUGCCUGGGAGCCCCCUCCCUCCAAGAACCAGAAGGCGGGACUUUCCGCAGCAGCCGGGGCAGGGACCGAGACACCUGCUGGGCCAUCUCACCUUCUCCACUGAAGCAGGAAGUGGGAGCCUGGAACCCUCAGGUUAACGCUGACCUCAAGCCACUCAUCACCCGGACAGGAUGAGACUGUCAGCGUCUCCCCGCCCCGCAGGUGUGCUUCGCCUCCUGGCCCUCACCCUCGCCCUGGUCGCCACGUGGAUCUUCGCUCGAAACUACGUGAGCGGCGGCAUGAAAACCAUCCGUCUGCCGCGCUGGCUGGCUGGCUCUGCCCCCAAGGAGACCGAAGCCGUAAAGACCAAGUGCGACCUCAGCAAGCCCUGCCCAGCCAACUUCUUUGCAUUUAAAAUCUGCAGCGGGGCCGCCAACGUCGUGGGCCCCUCUUUGUGCUUUGAAAACCACAUGAUCAUGAGUCCCGUGAAAAACAAUGUGGGCAGAGGCCUGAACAUCGCCCUGGUGAAUGGAACCACGGGGACCGUGAUGCGGCAGAAAACCUUUGACAUGUACUCUGGAGAUGUUCAGUUCCUGGUGAAAUUCCUUAAAGAAAUUCCAGAGGGCACACUGGUGCUGGUGGCCUCCUACGAUGACCCAGGGACCAAAAUGAACAGCGAAGUCAGGCAGCUCUUCUCCAGUUUGGGGAGUUCCUACGCAGAUCAGCUGGGCUUCCGUGACAGCUGGGUCUUCUUGGGAGCCAAAGACCUCAGGAGCAAAAGCCCCUUUGAGCAGAUGAGAAACCGAGACUUGGAGAGUUCUCACCAGCCUGCCCAGGGCCCAGAACCACUCAGGGAUGCGCCGGCUUUCCCACGCCAGCUUUCCCACACUGGCGGCCUGCCUCCAGCAGCUCUGCCGUCCUCAUCCCCCGAGGAGCCGCCCAGCCAGGCGAGCGGACUCUGGAAGGGAGGCGCGGCGGCCGGGGCAGGGCUGGGAGAGGCAGACGGGCACACUCGGGACUCGGGCUGGGCAGGGAGGAGGGUUUGUCGUUGUGUGGAAAACCUUGGUUUGGUUUGUGUGUAUGAGUUUCUGAGAGAAUGUGUUCGCUUUUCUAGAAUAAGGGAGGUUGGUGUAGCCUGCGGAAGAGAAGGAGGAGCCUGUUCUUGCCCUCCAGGUGCAGCAGGCAGGAGGCCGGGGCUCCGCCAGCGCUCCGGGGGCUGGGGGGCUUUGGGGGAGCAUUGGGUGCCGAGCUGCACGGGCAGGCGGUGCUGGGCUGCCCUGAAGCACAGGCACCAGACCCAGCAACCCGCCAGGCAGCUGCAGGAAGUCCGCAAGCACAGGAGACUCAGCCCGACUUUCCCCUGUUUGUGCCCAGCUCACCAGGACCCAACUCCCAGAACAGUGACUAAACCAACGUGCCCUUUGUCCCCACACUCGGGAAGCUGGGUUUUAGAGAAGCAGUAUCUAGAUGAAGUGCUACUUUCCUUCCUAAGCGUCAGCUGUAAUUAUCCCAACACUAGAUUUUGCCAUAUACGUUUUUUCCUUUCGUAAACUAAACCUGAGUAUUUUAGACACGACCUCAACUGAUUUUGUUCUCUUCAUAUAUUUAUUACUGGUAUUAAUUAAUAUUACACAGUGGUUCCACCACUUACCACCUGGUGACCACAGGCAGUGACCUUGGCCCUCUGUGGCUUGGUCUCCCUAUCUGUAGAAUGGGGUGGUAACAGUGCUCGCUCCAUAAGACCACUGUGGGGAUUAAAUACAUAUGGCAUCUCAGCAGCACCUGGCAUAGAGCAAGCGCUCAAGAAUUGCUAGGAGUCUUCUUUUUAUUGUUGCUAUUAUUAUUGUUAUUUGGGGUAUCCUGGGGGGGCUGAUGGAGAAUUCGGGGACGGGGCUAAAGCUCUCUAGGCCCCCUCUCCCAACACUUAGUGACCUCACAGGGCAUGACAGCAGUAACUGGGCUCGAUCCCAUCUCUGAGAACUUAGAUAAGUUGCACCCCCUCUCUGGGCCUCAGUUUCCCCGUCUGUGAAAUGAGUCAGUACUACCCAACACCCUCCCCCCAUGGGGCUAUGGUGAGGAUGGAGUGAUGAGGCAUUUAGGGUUUAAAGCACGACGCACAGGCAGGUGUGAGUCCUAAAAGCCUCCC